AUGAUAGUUUGUACUUUAUUAAUUAUUAUUUUUCAAUUCUUAAAUGCAAUUUUUCUUAAUAAUGAUAUAUUUGACAAUUAUAAUAAAAAUCAAAAAUUUAAAAGAGAAACAUCAACAUACACUUCAAAUAUAUGGCCUGAAAAAGAAAUACCAUAUUUUGUUCAUCCUUAUUUAAGCUAUAAUUUAAUUAGAGUAGCACUUUUAAGAAUAUCAAAAGAGACAUGCUUAAGAUUUGAACCUAAAUUACAUAUUAAUGAAUCUUUAUUUAUUUAUUUGCCUGGUAAAUAUUAUGAAACAAAUUUAGGAAGAGGAAGAGAAAUUCCUCAUAGAAUUUUUGUACCUCAAUAUUUACAAGAUAUUGGUAAAGUUAUACGAGAAACAAUGAGAGCAUUAGGAAUUGAAUAUGAACAUAAUAGACAAGAUAGAAAUAAUUUUAUAAAAGUUUAUACAUAUAAUAUCAAAAAUGAAUAUUUAAAAUAUUUUAAAAUUGAACAUAAAAAUAUAAAUAUUACAUAUAAUACAGAUUAUGACUUUAGAUCAAUUAUGCAUUUUUCAUCACAUGAAUAUGCAAAAACAUGGUUGUUAAAUGUUAUAUAUCCAAAAUUCAACUUUAUGUUAUCAUCUUUGGGUGUAUCAAAACAUCUUACUUUUAAUGAUGGUAGAAAAUUAAAUGAUAAAUAUUGUAAAUAUAAACAUAUACCAUACCCUAAUUGUUUAAAUUAUGGAUAUCAACAUCCAACAACACCUAUUAGAUGUAAAUGCUUAUCAUUUCUUACUGGUGAAAGAUGUGAAAAUUUUUUACCAAAUCCUACUUCAUGUACACAAAAUUUUAUGUAUCAAGCAAUAAAUGCACCAAGAAAAACAAUUCUUCGUGUAGGAGGAAAAUGUUUUUUUAUUUUAAAAGCAAAUGAAGGAAAAGUAAUUAGAUUAAGAUUAAAUUUUUAUAAAAAUCUUCGUACUCCAAAAAUAUGUACUGAAGAAAAUAGUGUUGAAAUUAUAGAUUUAAAAUAUAAAAGUUCUGGUGGAUUUUUAUAUUGUCCUAGACCAAGUAGAUUAUUUUUUACAUCAUCAAGUAAUAUAAUUAUACUUUUAACAUCUUUUCGUGAACCAGACAUUAAAAUAAAAAUAGAAUAUUUUGAAUUUCAUAAAUAA